UGACUGUCACUCAAUUAACGUCACUGUGUUUCCGCUCUUGUGUCUGUUUCAAUCCGGGAUCAUCGAGUCUGGGGGUUGGAGGCUGUCGACCGAUUAAAGCAGCACCUCAUCUAAACUCGAUAAAAAGAUGAACGUUGGCGUUGCACACAGUGAAGUGAAUCCGAACACAAGAGUAAUGAACAGCCGUGGAAUAUGGCUGACAUAUGCACUUGGUGUUGGGAUGCUUCAUAUAGUGCUGUUGAGCAUCCCCUUCUUCACUGUUCCUGUUGUGUGGACUUUAACAAAUGUAAUUCACAACUUGGGAAUGUAUGUGUUCUUGCAUGCAGUCAAAGGGACACCCUUCGAAACACCUGAUCAAGGGAAAGCAAGACUUCUGACACACUGGGAACAACUGGAUUAUGGAGUACAAUUUACAUCUUCCAGAAAAUUCCUUACUAUCUCACCAAUUAUUUUGUAUUUCCUGGCCAGUUUUUAUACUAAGUAUGACCCAACACAUUUUAUUGUCAAUACAGCAUCUCUCUUAACAGUGUUGAUUCCUAAGCUGCCUCAGCUGCAUGGAGUUCGGAUCCUUGGAAUAAAUAAGUACUAAUCUGGAACUCAUCACCCAUAUUCUAACUAGCUUGUUAUAUUUACUGGGAAGACUUAAAGCUGGUAAUCUGCUGUACUGUUAACUGUAACUAGAGUGUACUGAGCAGUCUAUGUGUGUCUUGAUGCCAUUUUCAUUGUUUGUAUCCAUUUCAAAAACGGAUUUGUAUUUUUGUUUUGUAAAAGGAGAAAAAAACAAAUGAAAUCUGGUAAUUGGAGCAGAUAUAAAUACUUAAAUUGUAAAAAGCUUCCCACAAGAAACUGGGCAGGCCCAGCUCUGAAAUUGGAAGGAGCUUUAUUGUACUGAACAAAUUGUGCACAGCUUUACGAAGAUGGCACAAGUGUUUUAGAGGAUGGAGUUGCACAGAAGUACAGCAACUUGGGACACUCGAGGAGUGAAAAGCUUGUUUAUUUACCAUGAGGUACAGAGGAAUGAGUCACUACCAUUAUCAAGAGAUGGUAGGUAGUUUGAGUUCUAUUUUUGUCAUAAGUUUUGAUUAAAAGCAUACUGUUGCUUCUGUUUUUUCAUUACAGAAUAAGAAAAUUAUGGUACAGGGACAGAUUUGGUGGAGAAUCAUAAACUAAAUGUUAAAUAUAUUGAGCUAUUGUAAUCCAUUUUUAUGGGUUAUACUAGUAAGGUUUCUGUUUAAUGGCUUCACUUUUAUCAACUAUCUAAAUGAAAUACUUCAUUGCUUGGAAUAUACAGUAGGAUACAUGCUUCUGUUCCAUGUAAUAUCACCUGACUAAGUGCAGUCAAUGUAUAAAAGUGAUAUUACAGUGCACAGUGCUUCUUAUGUAUGUUUCAUGUUCAAAGGAAUUACUAUGAAAUUGUAUUUCAGAAAAAAAAACUCGUGGUUUGUAGAGUGUUUUUGUUGAUGACAUUUUAGAGUUUGGUUGAUAGCAAUUGUUUCUCCCUUUCUGUACCACUGAUCUAUUUGAAUUAGUUUCAAUGGUGAGGUAAAUAUGUCAGUGUUCAUGCAUUUACAACUCAUGCUAAUUUCUCAAUGUGUUGCUUGCUUUUAGGAAGAUGUGUUGAGCAGGAGCUGACUAGCUUCAUAUUUUAAAAAGAGGUUGGACCUGUCACUCCAGCUGCCCUUGCACAAAUCUUGGCAGCUGGCUUAAUUGUGGCACUUGGAGAGUAUUGAGAGUUGGUUGUCUACCUUCUCGGCCAUGAUUUUUUUUUCUCGCAACUCCGUAACUCUUGGAGUUGCUGUAAGGAAUUGUAUAAGCAACGCAUUCUUGACGCAUCAACUUGUGCUUGUUGAUGCAUCAAAAUCUUGCAGUCUGCCAUUGCAGGUUAUCAGCAGCAAUUAAUUGAGAUUGGUUUAAUAUUCUGUAUUAGGGUAAGUGUUUACCAAAAAAUUGCAAGCGUUAGCCCAGACCACACAUUUGAUUGGUUUAUUUGAACCUUUGAUUUGUGAAACAGGUGUGAGUAGAGCUUACCACUGGUAAAAAUAAAAAUCAAUUUUAAAAAGCUUGAGACAAUUGAGCUUUCUACUAGUAUUUCCAAAAAUGCAAAACAUCUGUAUGUUUCUUCUAUGCAAUUAAAACAACUUGGGGAAAAGUUAAUUCUUUAUAAACAAUAAAACAGUUUUGACCUUACAGUAUUGUGGCUGAUAUUUUGUUAAAACUGUGCUGAUUGACUUCUUUAUGCUGUAUUUUGAAUGCUUACUGACUUCAUUUAAAAUUGAAAAAGCAACAUGAACUGGCAUAAUGUUAAAUGCUAAAAUAAUGGAGAGAAAUGUAUAUUUUGCUGUAAUCCAUUGUUUUAUUGCAUAAAUUUAUUUUUGUAUUUGCUGUUGCUUUUUUUCCUUAAUUUAUUCAGGUGCUGUUUCUAUUCCAACCACCUUUGGCAUUCCUAACUAUCCUAUAAACUUUGUCACAUGCAGAAAAGUAUUGUUCAUGUUAAAUUCAGAUGGUGAAAGUGAGCAGUUGGCUAUACAGUAUAAUUGUGAUAACUUUGAAAAUAGCAGAAAGGCAAUUAUUAAAAGAUUAUUCAAGAGCC